UGCUGUUUGCUGAUGGAACAAAAGGUCCUCAGUAAGUCCUCCAUGGUGUCCAGAUUGCCAAAAUUUGGUGCCCGUCCUGUCAAUGGUACCUCCUUAUCCCUUCCCAAUGGUACGACCCAGACUGCGCUCACUCAAGAGGGCAAGAAUCCCCCAGCUAGGCCAAAUGGUGUGGUCAGAGCCUCCUCCUACUCCAUGAAAUGGAGGAAGGAUAGUGGUGGGCCGGUGGACCCUUCAAACCCAGUUGAGGGCACAAUACCAGAAGAGAAGAAAGUUCGCUCCCAACAUUCUCCAGGAAGUAGGGAGUUAAAAAGCCCUUCUACUACCGCAUCCAAAGUGCACAGAUCUGCUGCCUCAUUGUCCACUGGAAGCCCCAAACCUGCACCCAAAUCCCCUAAAUCCAUCCCGAGUCAUAAACCAAAGCCUCAAAACUCUAAAAUCACCCCAACCUCCAAAAGUCAGGACCUAUCCCAAAAAAGCUCAGGCUCCAAGCCAACUCAAAAUGGGACUUCAUCUCUGGGGUCUUCACCGAGCCAAGCAAGUUCUUCAGGGCUUCAGCAUCCAAGAGCAAACUCUAGCUCUACUCGAAGCACCUCCAGAGACCGUUUGUCCCAGUCCAACGACAGCCUCUCACGGCAGUUGCUCAUGCCUGACUACAUGGUGCGUUCUCAGAGCUUCACUCACUUCAAACAACUGCCCUCACCAACGUCCUCACCCAUGACGCGCUCCUUCUCUUUCAACAAGGCAGUGGAGCUAGCCAAACCUCUUGCUAAUACACAGCUUCGUCCUCCACGAACAGUUGGACUCCAAUCUCCUUUGAGCUUAAGCAAAGGCCAUCUAGUGUUCGGAUUGGGUGGCCUGGGAUUUGGAAAGGGGAUAACAGAUAGACUACCUGCUGGGACUCCUUCUUCAGAGAGUUUAACUCCUCCUAAUUCAAUAAAAAGGACUCUUCUGCCUAACUCUGUGCUGACAAAUCCCUCAUUACAGGCCUACAAGCUAAAUCGACCAAUUCCUUCCAAACUGCAUUGCCCUCUAGUGGUUGGGAGGAGCCCAGUGGAAAGUGACGUUAUAACUCCGCCUCUCACUCCCGAGUUGCUCCGUUGUGCCACAAAGAAUGCAUCAGAUUCCCCAGAGGAGCCUGUGACAGAGCUAGGACUGGAUGGAAACCUCCGCUACACUGUGGAGGGAAUGGAGGACAUGUCUCUCUCUUCUGCGUCUUCUCUGGAGAGGAAUGACACCAGUGAAGAGUUUCUAGAUGACUUUGAUAAUCUAGGGGAUCAGUUGCAGAAUGGCAUUCCUCAAAACAAAUAUGCUGUGGCCACACCCACCCAAACUCGCCUGCAGGGCCUCUUAAAAGAGACCAUGGACUGGACUGGGAUUGGUCUAGCGGGUGGCAAGGCAGAUUUAAUGGGUGGUCUGCUCCGUGGGCCGCCACUCAUGUCCCCUGACAUGGAUCGUCAUGCAACCUCCUCUCUGGAGCUCUCCCCCUCUAACAGCUCUGGAGGAACAUACAUGUGGGAUGAGGAGGGCAUGGAGCCGCUGGGGCACAACACACUCAUACACCGUUGCAGCAGUUAUGAGUCAGAGCUCAACAGCAUUGGCAUUCUGAACAACUUGGAUAACACUGGCUCAUGUGAUCUGGAAAAUGAUGACCUCAUGCUUGAUGUGGAUCUGCCAGAGGACGGGGCCUUACUCCAUGAUGGGAUGGCCCACUUUGAGCGCUCUGACAGGGGGGGCCGGCCGGCUCAAUGGAGGAGGAGACAGCAGAGAUGGACUGGAACGGAUCAUGCUCAUAAUGACAACAGACUGGUCGGGUUUCAUUACGAUCCCUGUCGUGCAGGACAUCGGCCCGUCCAUCCCGCAGUCCAGCAUGACAGUCACACGGUGGCCCUAGAUGAACUCACUCUCAAGCACCUGGCUGAAGACUGCUCGUCUGUCAAAUCACAGCUGCUCAAACUCAAGAGUAUGCUGCAGAUGGAUGAUGGUGAGAUUUCUCCAGAGAGUUUGGAUUCCAGCGAAGAUGACAGCAGAGCCCAGCAGAUGGAGGAACUGAUGAAGGAGGUUGCACAUCUCAGGGAAGAGCUGAAAAAUAAAGAUCAAAUCAUCACACGGCUCACUCAUCAACAGCAUCAACAAUCUCCAGUGAGAUGUCCGUGUCAUCAGCAGAAGUCAGGGGUCAAAGGUGAGAGAAGAACUCAUCAUGAUAAAUCCACUCAGACGGUGUGGCGACCGCCCCAUCAUCACCUCGCUCCUCAAAUACUUCAGCCCAUCAGUCACAUCCCCAAAGAGCCCCUCAUCCAGGGAAAACUAGCAAGAACAGUCCCCACCGGGGGCCACAAUGAUGCCUGGACCAAAGAGGAAUGGCCUCCUACGUCCUGUCCUCCAGCCCCCUGCACCGAUCCAAUUCUUCCUCCUGAUAAAGACCCUCACGUGGAGUUGAAAUCUUUGCCUGACCCAGAAGAGCUGAGCCGGUUGCUUAGCACCCACCUUCACAUACAAGACAACAAUGAGAAUGACUCACCAGAGGCUGGAGAACAGAUUGUGAGACUGACCCCUGAAAGCCAUCAAAGCAAACUCCUGCAAACCCCUCACCCCUCAUCCUCUUUCAGCCCGCGCGUCCUGCAGCCUCCACAUCUACACAGACGGGUAAAACUCCCUGCUCUGUCUAUAGGGGGUGGUAGUGGUCCAAACCCAAAACCCAAUCUUCCUCCACCUCCGUCCAGAGGUUUGCCAUGCUUCAGUGCAGGGAACCACGUCAUUAAUCGCGGCCGGCUAUCCCAACCUUGGCCAGCAGUAGUCAGGAGUGAGACUGACCCACAAUGCAUUGCUUCGAUGCCGCUCGGUGUCUCCACACGACUUGCAAAGCCAAAGACUUACUGAGCGUUAGCUGCAGCCAUAGACACUGAUAAGGCUACCUCUCUGAACGCAUGAUCACACAUGCGGCUUGCACUAGAUGGUGGUGUUAGUGGCUAGACAACGUUUCAAGCUAAACAAAGCAGCUAAGCUAUCUCAUCUAACUAUGCAACAAAAAGUAGUCACAAUCAGGACAUUUGUCCCACUAAACCACUCUAUCACUUCGAACUAAAAGUCAUUGAUCAUAAUUCCUUAACCACUAAGAAACCUUUACCAUUCACAAUUACAUCAUCCAUACAAAUUGAGCUUCUAAUGGACUGAUAAACUGAACGAAAGAUUGAAAUUCAAUCUGAAUGAGAAGGCAAAAGUAGAGAAAAUGAGCAAUGGAAAGCACUAAAGAAGUUUUUUACUGAUACACAAAAAACGCCUAAGACGUGAGUGUUGUGCCAUAGACUUCCUGUGGAGAUUAUUCAAGACCCUCAGUUUGUGGCUAUUUCCUCAAGCGGUGUGCCCUCAGGAUGCCAACUCAUUUAGUGGGCGAAUCUGACGUUUACAUCACCAACCUCCUGAGGUUUAACUGCGAAAACACAUAUUAUUGUCUACGCAGCCUCACGGAUAUUGUCUUAAAGAGAGUCAUGUGACCCAAGUCUGCUCUCCAGUUUCCACAGGAAAACUUCUCAGUCUGAUGUGAUUUGAUCUGUUUGUGUAUUACUUUAUGCAUCAUUUCACCUCCUUGUCUGAAUUCACCACAUAAACACGAAGAAAACAGUGCAAGCUAAAA